AGCCAAUCACAGGGUACCAUCUGGAAACAUGGCGUCUAGUUUUCUUUGUAGAUGUGCUGUGCUGCUCCUCUGCACAUAUAUGGUUUAUGCUGUACAGACAGAGACUAAAGAAAAGCCCAAGAAAAAGAAGGACAUCCGAGACUACAAUGAUGCUGACAUGGCACGGCUCCUGGAACAGUGGGAGACAGAUGAUGACAUUGAGGAAGGUGACCUUCCAGAGCACAAAAGAUCUCCUCCUCCCAUCGACUUCUCUAAGGUGGACCCCUCCAAGCCAGAGGAACUUCUCAAAAUGUCCAAGAAAGGCCGGACUCUGAUGGUUUUUGCUACAGUUUCAGGAGAUCCUACAGAAAAAGAGACCGAGGAGAUCACAGGCCUGUGGCAGGGCAGCCUUUUCAAUGCCAACUUUGAUAUUCAGAGGUUCGUGGUGGGCUCCAACAGGGUGAUCUUCAUGCUGCGGGAUGGUAGUUUGGCUUGGGAGGUGAAAGACUUCCUUGUGGCUCAGGAGCGCUGCGUAGAUGUUACUGUAGAGGGACAGGUGUUUCCAGGGAAGGCUGCCAAGAAGGAUGAUGCCAAAUACAAGCAGCAAAAUGAGGUCAACACCAAGAGGAAGAGCAAGAAGAAAACGGAGAGCAAGAAGCCUGACUUGGAGGGAAACCAUGCAAGCAGUUUGAAACAGGAGCUCUGAUGGAGCUGUACAUCACUAAUGAUCCUUUUGGCCUUAUAAGUGCUGGUUCUUACAGCAAGUCUGUGAGCAGUGAACUGGUGAGGACCCACAGGACCACCUGAUACAGUGGGAUGAGUGAAGUAAUUAUUUCUGUUGGGUAACAUCACCUUUACUGCUCAGCUGGAAUCAUCGCUCUUUCUCAUCGAAUCAUGUUUCAGCAACAAGUACAUUGUUGAAAUCAUCACUCUUUGAGUGUUAACAGACAAUUUCAAAUCAUUCGUAAUUGAAUCCCAUAUUUUUUUGUUAGAAAGCUAACCACAUGAGCAUCACCAAAACUUUUAUUAUUUCAUGCAAAGUUCAUGAUUUUUUUUCUGGUACAGGCAUGGAGGCAUUGAUCCUGUCCUCACCUGUGUUUGUUCACAUUUUCUGUUAGAGCUGAUGUGUAAAAUAAAACUUUUCUAUAUUUAAGCACUGA